CCUGAGCCCCGGGGGCGGGGCUCCGGGCGAGCGCCGCGGGGCGUCUCCCUCACAGGCCCCGCCCCCGCCCCCCGCCCGCCCUCCGGCCGCCUCUGCCGCCGCGCGCCGCAGCCGCACCGCCUUCCCUGCGCAGUCGGUGUCUCCGCAUCGCUGGGUGGGACUUGGCUUGGCCAUGGGCAAGCAGAACAGCAAGCUGCGGCCCGAGAUGCUGCAGGACCUGCGGGAGAACACAGAGUUCUCGGAGCUGGAGCUGCAGGAGUGGUACAAGGGCUUCCUCAAGGACUGCCCCACGGGCAUCCUCAACGUGGACGAGUUCAAGAAGAUCUACGCCAACUUCUUCCCCUAUGGCGAUGCCUCCAAGUUCGCCGAGCACGUCUUCCGCACCUUCGACACCAACAGCGACGGCACCAUCGACUUCCGGGAGUUCAUCAUCGCACUGAGCGUCACCUCGAGGGGCCGCCUGGAGCAGAAGCUCAUGUGGGCCUUCAGCAUGUACGACCUGGAUGGCAACGGGUACAUCAGCCGCGAGGAGAUGCUGGAGAUCGUGCAGGCCAUCUACAAGAUGGUUUCGUCCGUGAUGAAGAUGCCAGAGGACGAGUCGACCCCGGAGAAGAGGACGGAGAAAAUCUUCCGCCAAAUGGACACCAACAACGACGGCAAGCUGUCCCUGGAGGAGUUCAUCCGCGGGGCCAAGAGCGACCCGUCCAUCGUGCGCCUCCUGCAGUGCGACCCCAGCAGCGCCUCCCAGUUCUGAGCGAGUGGAACCAGGUUCCCCCCCACCCCAGCCUUCCCGGGGCCCUCUCCCGGCUCGCAGCUUCCUCCGCCCCCUUGUGUCUCUCCAGCCUGGGGAUCAGACUGGGCACCCCCGGGGGUCUACCCUCCGGAGGCGCCUAUGAAGGCACCCCGCAGUCUCCCCAAGACCCGAAUAAGCAAGCAAUGAGCACCCACCCCGCCCCGCCCCCACCCCCCAGAGGCAAUACCACCCUUGGCACCCCCAUUGAGACCUAGGCUCCGCUUUGGUCUACCUGUGGUCAGCAACGCCCUUUCUCCCCGAGACGGUGGAACUUCUACAGCCACGAGGCAUGGCCUCUUUCCCCCAACCACAGGGUUUCAGCCCUGCGAGAGGGCUGUGUGUGUGGAGGGAAGAGAGGGGUACUGAGUGGGAGGGGUGGGGGCAACACGGUCCCGGAGCAGAAGGUCCACAGCUCUUGAGGGCCUGGAGGCCAAGAUGCAAAAGGCACCCCUGGAUUCCAGCCCCAGCGGUGGGUCCCCUCACCCCGCCUGCCUGCUGUCCCGCACGGAUGAACGUGGUCCCUGCCCCAGCCACGCUCACAGGCCCACGGAGAGAAGGGCAGCCGGCCCCGAGCCCCCCGCAGGCCCCCGCCGAGCCCGUUCCCCGCUGCAUGCAUCCACACGGAGCAUCUGUUCUUUUUAAUACCUUCACAAUAAAGUCUGUUUCAGUGCA